AUGGCUCCCCCCCAACUUUCUCGCUCCGCCACCUCUCCCGAUCUCUCAGCUCCAUCAACCAUCUCUCCCAUCUCCGAGCUACAAGAAUACGCCCCAAAUCGCGAUGGCGCCAUCAGUCGCACAGAUCGCUAUUCUCGAGUUCUCCCAGCAAUGCCUCCUCACCCUCUAACCGCACCACCCCCCAUCCCAACCAUUCCCUCCUCCUCCUCAUCCACCAUGUUCAACUCCUCCCGCCCCAGCGGUCUCCGCCACGUAACUUUCGCGCACGAAACCGACACCCUCUCACUCACCUCCUCGCAUCCCUCUCAAACCUCGUCCUCCAUCCUCCCCUCCAACCCCACCUCCCCACCCCGAAAACACCGCUUCAACCUCACUCUCGCGCAUCAAAAAAUGCAAAAAGCAUUUUCCACCCUGCGAAUACAUACCCACAGCAUCUCCCCGAAACCCAGCUUACUGCUUCAAAAAAAAUCUUCUCAUUCCACCCUCUUCACUUCUGGAUCUGGAUCUGGAUCUUCCCCACUCUCCACUUGUGACGACUCGGCAGAUGAACCCACAAGACCGAAAACCGCACCUUCAUCUUCGUCAUCUUUUGGAUUUGGCAAUUUUCCUGCGAUGCCGGGUGCAUUUUCGAAGGAUAAGAGAGAUGCGAGAGGAGGGAAAGAAAUGCAGAUCGGUGCGCCAACAGGCAUGGUGAAGAAGACACCCGAGGAAAUCCAGCAGAUGUUGAGGGAAAUGGGGGUGAAGAGUGAGGAUUUACCUUUUGUUGCGGGCUCUUCUACUUCUACUAUUCUUGCUCCUUCUCACUCCGCUGGUGAUGAUGGUAACGAAACCAAUAACACCGCAUCUCCAUUCCAAACCCAAUCCACCAUCCAGGAACCCCUCACCCUCCCUCCCGACUCUCCAAGACCAGAAACCCACGCGUAA